AUGGAAUAUGAUUAUAUCAAAGGUACUUCAAUAGUACAGUUUAAUUUGGAGUUGUAUAUUACAAUGAAGGGUGAUAACCAGAAAAUGAGGUGUGCUUUUCUGAAUAAUAAAGCAGCACAAGCAUUUUGGUCUUAUGUGGGCUGUAAAACAGAUUAUGAAGGAAGCAAUGUAACCUGUCGGUGUAAUCAUCUGAGCAGCUUUGCUGUAUUAAUGGCUCUCUAUGAAAUUGAGAACUUCACUCUUAAUAUGAUAACCUACGUUGGACUUAGCAUUUCAUUGGUAUGUCUUGCUAUAUCGAUCUUCACAUUCUACUUUUGCCAAGCAAUCCAGUGUCGCAGGACCACCAUUCAUCUUCACCUCUGUAUAUGCCUUUUUAUAGGCUACUUAAUUUUCUUGGUUGGCAUUAACCAGACAAAGAAUGAGGUUGGAUGCGGUGUGGUUGCAGGAUUAUUGCAUUUCUUCUUUUUGGCUACUUUUACCUGGAUGUGCCUAGAAGGAGUUCAACUCUAUCUUAUGGUAGUUGAGGUCUUCAGUACAAACAGUCCGAAAAUGAGAUACAUGUUUGCAUUUGGCUAUGGUCUGCCAUUAGUAAUUGUAAUUCUGUCAGCAUCUAUAAAUGCCAAAGGAUAUGGCACCAAAAAAUACUGCUGGCUGUCACUACAAGGUGGCUUCAUAUGGAGUUUCCUAACACCAGUGUGUGUGAUAAUUCUAAUGAAUUCUGUCUUCUUCAUCAUCACAGUUUGGAAAUUAGCAGAAAAAUUUUCAAGUCUCAAUUCUGAGUUAGAUAAAUUAAAAAAAAUAAGGGUAUUUGCCAUCACUGCUAUUGCACAGCUGUGCAUCCUUGGGUGUACCUGGAUAACUGGAAAUUUUCAGCUUGAAAAAAGUACCAUUGCAAUAUCAUACCUUUUCACAAUAUUCAAUUGCGUUCAAGGUCUGUUCAUCUUCAUUUUACACUGCCUAAUGAAGAAACAGGUAAGAGAUGACUACAAGCGAAUACUUGCCAACAUAUACAACAGUAAGAUAAUAUCAGAAUACUCACAGUUUCCCAGCACCACUAAAUCAUCCAUGUCUCAGGGCUUAAAAUCUUCACAAGAAACUGAAAUAUAAUACCCUGGAAUGAUCUAUUUGCUGCAGCUUUGAACAAAAGAACCUUUUCCCUUUACAGUUUUAGUCUUCUUUGAGCCUUUUGCUACAAGUUUAACAUUAUUUUCUACUGAGUUAAACAUACAAAAAUCAACAUAAAACAACUGCUUGAUUAUCCUUUUAUGAAGAUAUACAUCUUGUAUCAAGUACAGCUAACAAGCUGCAUUCUGGAGAACAUCACCUAUGUCAACGACUGUUAACAAUUCAUCAUGAUAUUAUUAAGUCUGAAGAUGUUUCUUAUGAUUUAAGCAAAUAUAAAGUGGUUAAAAGUGCCCCAUAGAAGUUCAAACAAAAUUACAGUUUAACAAGAUGAGAUACUUAAAUAUCUACAAACCUUGAUGAUGUUAUUGUCUCCGAUUACAAUAUAGUGCUGUUUUUUGAUAUACGUCAACUAAGCACCAAACUUCCAAGCAUGGGUUAUUAAUAGGAGUUUACCUGCAUGGUGCCAUUUUUUUAAAUUUUGGUCCCCUGUGCAAGGGGCCAAUACAGUCAUUGGAUAGUGUGCUCCUUAUGUAAGAUUUUAUAUGUUAUUUGCAAUAUUGCAAAACCAAGUACAUAUACCUCAGGGUAUACUAAGUGGAUUGUAUAUGCUGUGACAUUUUGCAUAUUUUUAUCAUUUACUGUUAGUUAUGCAGAGUCUGGUGCAAAGGUUUCAAGCUGUACAUGGUUGAUUUACUUUUCUGUAAUACUGGUAUACCUAGCCAUAUUCUAAGAAGUAGCAGGCUGCUAAUAGGCCAUUUAUAGCUCCUCUAUGGAUUAUAUCCAUAUGUGCAAAAUAUCUUUGUUUGACCAGGUUACUGGUCACACAACUGGUUGUAGGCAUCCUGCUAGAAGCUGUAGAACAUUCUCUAGACCACAGUGAUGGAUCACGAUGAUUGAUAUUGGCCUAUAUUACUGUUUUUUAAUUGCAUCUAUAUUAGCUUAGGAUUUGUGCUAAUAGUGCAUCAAGGCACACUGAUACAGGCAGCAAUGCAUGUAAUUGUACAUUGAAAGCAUAUUGGUUAAUAGACAAGAACGCCAUAUUGAUGUGUAUGUUACCACUUUUCUUGCUUUGCAUAGUGUUACUUUAGUCGAUAAAUUAUAUUGCAGAUUCUCUUACAUAUAUUUAACUGAUUCAUUAAACUGAAGGGUAUACUAUUGAAAAUGUUGUUGUUUCAUUUGUACUGCAGGAAUCUCUUCUAUUCUAACUACAUACCCCUCUCUCUAACAAACUCCUGUCACCUCUCUUCCAGUUUACCUAGGUUAUAUUCCUGCUACAAUAAGCAUAUCACUGUUGUAGUGCUAAACACUGGCACCCUCCCAAGCCCUUAGCAAAGAACACAGCCCCACUGUUGAGAGAAAAAAAAAAUAACUGUGUACUGAAAAGUACAUUUCUUAUGAUAAUCUCUUUGUCUAAUAUUAUGUAUAACAUCUGAGUUACUAUCACUGGCAUACACACCAAUUGGAAGUUAACCUUGAUCUCCCCCAUUUCUGUCUCCCUUUGGUCUUCUCCCUGGCCUCCUUGUGCUGAUAGUCCUAUGCCCCAGAGCUACGAUUUGAGCAGGUAUUUCACCCAGCACAGCUCUGCCAGCCUUCAGAACCCCCAUCAACUGCAGCCUGCUUCCUCACAUCUAGGUGAACUAUUGUUGCCUUAAAUAAAAGGUACCAAAGUAAAGCUUGCCAUUGAAGAAACCUACAUUUUGAUGCUCUGUCAUUCUCAUUGCUUUACCUUUAGAAGCAGAGGAUACAACCACAUAACAAUCAAAGUGCUUUACUAGUUUAACUAAUUUAAAACAGAAACAGAGUGCUUUAUUAUAAAAGCUACUGUAAUUUUUAAAAAAGUGUAACCAUUUCAUUAACAAGACAGAAAUUUGAGCAAGUACUACCCAUGCACAGGCAAAUAUAGCUACCUCUAUUUAAGCCUACAAAGCGUAGAGGUAUAUGAGAUGGCAUGUAGCAUGCACUGAGUGUACCAUCUUGUGUUCCAUAAGACCUAUCUACUUUAUGCAUAAUUUAACCUCUACUGGGGAAUUUAUAUUGACCAAUACAUUGAUAUACAAGCUUUAUUACCUUAACACGGUCAUCUCAAUUGAGUGCUAGUUUAAUGGAAUAUCUACACCGCUCAAGUCUAAUAUAUGAACAUUGCUAUCACUUAUUUACUUAGUCCACAGUGUCUGCUUUUGCUAGUGUGUCUACUCGACUGUUAUGUCGGCCUACGGUUAGUACUUAAAGUGUAUGGUUAAGUACAUGAGGCUGCUGUAUACUUUGCAACUGUUUGGUAGUCUGCACUCUUUGGGUUCAAUUGCACAUCUUGUCUUACCUGUGUCAUGUGUUAAAAAGGCUCAUGCUCACACACUGAAUGUAGGCUUUGAAAUACUGUGUACUACUUUUAUUAGCGUCCAAAUGAGCUGUUUCUAUGAUAUGUAAACUGUACUUUUUUUUUAAUCAUGCUAAUUGAAAACUUUCACAGCAGUUUAAUGUUACCUAACUGAAUUUAUACCCCUAUGCUAUCUAUAGUCUUGUUCCUAGCCCUGCAUAUAUUAUAAGCUGAUUCUUUCAUUUGUUGAUAUAAUUUUGUUUUAGCCUAUCCAGAAUAUUGAAUGCGUUACUUAUAAGGUGUUUUACAUCUCAAUAAUUAAUUUGUGUAUCUGCUUAGCCAAGACUACAUUGUUGUUCAAUUAUAAAUGGUAUUCUGCUAUGUUGCAUACUGUUUAAUUACACUGCCUGUGUUAUAGUACUAAACUACUUGUCUCUACUACUUUCUUUCUCUUUCUCUCUCCUACAAGAAACCCAGCUCUCCAACCUGGUUAUACUUGCACUAAGAAGCAGAGUUUAACUACCUGAAGAACAAGGACCCUGUCUAAACUCCCUCCAGUCUCAUCUUUGAGCCACCUAUUCCCUGUACUAUCUCAAGUAAAGGGAGCAAGAAAGUAUGUGUCUACAACAUCACUGCCAAUAUAGCCUUUAAUUUAAUAUUCUAUUUUUGGUGGCUGUAAGAGUGCUAGCCAGGAAAGCCAGCAGCUUCACCCCCUCACCACUCUGUAAUCUAUAUAUCUUUUUUCUUUCCCCUACACAUAAAAGUCACCUGAGCUACUAUUUUUUUCCCUGAAUCUGUGCAUAAACGCCCACUUAUCCCCAUUUUACAAUAAUAUCUUUGUCCACUAGGAGGCAGUAUUGACCUUCUGGUCUUUGAAGCCUUUUCCUAGUCAGUAAUACACCCUUCUAUUUUAUUUCUUUUUUGAGUCCUUAGGCUUGCUCGUAAAGUAUAGCCCAUAACAUUUGUUUACUUGGGGUGAACCUCCACACCCACCUAGAAGCCUAAGUUUCUUUCCUUACCUUCACUCCAUUUUCAGGGUACUU